UGUCUAGAAAAGGUUCGCCCCCCUCCCCACAACGCGUCUGUCCAUAGAGCAGUGUAGAGUGAGGCAAGAUGGCGAAGCAGGGUGGGAAGGAGUCGACUACUCUGAAGGACAAGGUGAAGCAGCUGUUCCGCCCCAAACCCAGCCGGGUGGUGACCAGCGGGAUCCACGGGAAGGACACGAGAGAGGAGAUCACCUGCACACCUGAACUACUCAAGGAGAUUGGUCCUGAGAGUCCCCUAACCAACCGUCUCAAGGCACUGCGGGAGUUUGGAGAUGUUGUGGCCAGCAGACUGCUGGAAGAUAAUGCUGUGGAGGCCUUGUGGCUGAACAUCUCGGACCUGUUGGAUCCGCAGGCCUCGGCCGAGGCCAGACACGUCGCCCUGCGAUUUGUGCAGUCACUCAUCCUGGGGCAGUAUGACAGACUGGGCAUCAUGAGAGCCCACUUCUUCCGUGUGGUCAGACAUCAUCAGGUGUUUGAGGACAUCCCAGAAAGGCUGGAGGUGUUUAAGGCCCUGAGUGACAACGGGAAGGACAUAACAAACUUUGAGGAGGAGACUGGUCCCUUCCUGCUGGAGUGGAUGCCUGAUGCUGUCAGCUAUGGAAGAACAUUUGAGUUCAUGACCUUGAUGGUCAAUGUCAUCAAGUUCAACUCCAGUUUCCUGGAUGAGGAGAUUGUAGCCGGCCUUGUGCACCACACCUGUAAUGUGUGUAACCAGGCCAACUCUGAAGAGGAAAUUGAGGCAUCCCUGCGUGUGUUGGAUGCUGUGGUGUGUUAUAGCUGUCUGCCAUCAGAGUCUCUGUACCAGUUCAUCACCACACUCUGUCGAACUAUCAAUGUGGACAAGUUCUGCCAGACCAGCUGGAAGGGCUUGAAUUGCCACCUGCAUAUGCAGCUGAUGAGGAACCUUCUGGGAACCCACUUGGGCCACAGCAGUAUCUACACCAUGUGUACCAUCCUACAGGACAGCCAUAACCGGUCUGACCACCAGCUGCUGAGAGGAGCUGUGUUCUAUGUGGGGAUGAGUCUGUGGGGGGCGGGGAGAGUCAACUCCCUCCGACUCACCCCCACAUCUGUCCUGCCAUCAUUCCUCCAGGCGCUGUCGUCCAACAACCCAAUCGUGGCGUACGAGGUGGUGCUGAUCAUCCACCGCCUGAUUAAGAAGUAUGGGAAGGACCUGCAGCAGGUCACCUGGGAGAUCCUGACAGACAUCCUGGAGGCUCUGCUCAAGUACAUCCAGACAUCCCCCGGAGCGAGUGAGUCCCUCCUGCUGAACUUCCACGCCGUCCUGAGUACGGUGGAGUUUCUACAUGAGAACAAGUGCUUCAACGGGUCGUCAGAGAGGCUCUUUGGAAUCAUUGAGAAAUUUGCCAGCAAAAGACCUGAGAGUUCAGUCCUCCUGCUGGUGUCGUACCGUGCCCAGUCCAUCCACCCUGCCAAGGACAGCUGGAUCCUCAACCUGCAGAACCUCAUGGACAAGUACUUCAGGUAUGAGCUGCGCACCCCCAUCAGAAUCAAGGUGUUGGAUGUUCUGUCUGCUGUUCUCAGUUCCACCAGACACCUGUAUGAGGAGAACCUGAUAGAGGGUGUGGUGAUCCCCCAGCUGGGUCAGAUUGCGGACGACCCUGACGUGGAAGUGCGGAACGUUGCAGUGCAGCUGCUGAUGGACCUGGCACAGACAUGUAACACAGAGAGAUGCCUGGACAUCCUGGCUAUCAUAGAGAAGGUGAUUUCCCGUCCAAUGGACACCAAGAAACCCCUGCCCACCACACCUGAUGGAACAGCUGAAGCCAAACCAGCAGCUGUGGACGACUCGCAGCUGGCUGACAUCCAGACAGCUGUGCGUGGGCUCAUCGAGCUGUUCCAGACCAAGCUGUACAAGCUGCCGUCCACCCAUGCCUGCCAGGUGUACGACAUGCUGAUUGGCCACGUCCUGUCUCACUACCAGCACCACUACAAGGCUCACACCGCCUGUCAGAUCAGGCUGGAGGUGUUCACCUGCCUUCUGCACCUGCGAGCCGACACGCUCCACAGACUGGGUCUGCCGGACAAGGACGGCAACUACAAGUUCACAGCUUACAUCACCUGCGACAUGAAGGACCCCGGCAGUGGUAGAAGCUCCCGUGCCACCUCCCCUCCCACUUCCCUCAAGGCCAAGUCCCCCACCCCAGGGUCUGCUCUCAAGAUGGCCAGCCUGCCUUUCUGCAAGGCUCUCUCCUCCAUCCUUACCUGCCUCGGGAACGAGACAGAGUGGGAAGUGCUGAAGCUGGUUCUACAGAAGCUGACAGAAGCUCUACAGAACAAAGCCCUGAUCCUGUCUGGACAUGUCUCCAAUGUGGAGGAACUGUGUUCCAAACUCUGUACCAUGAUCACACUGCUUUCCAGGCAAUGUCUGCAGGUUGGCCAGAGAUCCAUCCUGGAGAAGCUACAGCACACGCCUAAAGACUUCCCCCGCUCAGAGUUCCAGUCUCACAUGUACCCCGUCCUGACGGCCCUGGCCACCUACCACGCACACCUGGACCAGACUAGGCAGAGAGAGCUUGUACGUUGCCUGGAGUCUGGCCUGGUGUCCAAGUGUGCGCAGCAGUGUGUGUGUGCCCUGACUGUGUGCAGCCUGGAGAUGAGAGACGUCAUGAUGAGGAUGCUGCCAUCUGUGCUCCUGCGCCUGUCUCAGAUCUCAGCCACAGUAGCCAUGGCCAUCCCUGUACUGGAGUUCCUCUCAGGUCUGAUUCGGCUGCCCCACCUGUAUGCCAACUUUGUAGAGGAGCAGUACAUGAGCAUCUUUGCCAUUGCCCUGCCCUAUACAAACCCAUUCAAGUUUUCCCAGUACAUUGUUGCCAUGGCACACCAUGUGAUCGCCAUGUGGUUCAUCCGCUGCAGACUGCCCUUCCGCCGCAGCUUUGUGCAGUACAUCACCAAGGGUCUGAAGUCUAACGUGCCAAUAGAAGACCGGAGUGCGUCCUCCCCCUCCUCCCAUCACUCCCCUGUGUCCAGCACACAGGAACAGUUCAGGACCAGGAGCGCCAGCUUCACCGAGAGGCCCAGAAGCUUCAGGCCCAGCCCAAAGUCCAAAUUUGAGCUUUUACAGUUGGAACGGAGUUUCACCUGGCGUGAGACACGACAGUCAGGAACAGACCAUGGCUCAGCUGUGGACGAGAGACAGGAAACCUUACUGAAGGUCCACACUGAACUACUGGAGACUUGUCUGGACAUGAUGGCCAGAUAUACCUUCUCUACCUGCUCCACUAUACCAAAAAGGUCUCCUGUUGCUGAAUUCUUAUUGGCUGGUGGACAGACCAUGACUUGGUUGCUAGGCAACCAGCUCAUCACCGUGACGACCAGUGGAGGAGGGCUGAGGAUGAGGAAGAACGGAGUUUGUGAGAAGUGUGCUUCCCUUCUCAACCUGGAGGAGGACAAGCAGGAGGCUAAAAGUCUUGUGACGACUGAAGAGUAUGUGGAAGCAGAGUUCCGUGAGAGGUCAGACUCGGCGUCCAAGGGAACCCAGGAGGCUCCUGGGAAGCUGGAGACACUGACAACGUCACCGUCUAUACCUCCAGCUGAUAGCAAAAGGGAGAGGAAACGAUCCAAGUCGGGCGGGAAGUACCUGAGCUCGGCGCCCACCCCUGUGUCUCUGCUGAAGGAGGAGUUCCAGCUCUUCAGCCAGGGUCUGACGGAGAAGACACAGAUGGACGUCGGGGAGAAGGCCACCAUCCAGGAGGACAGGAGCGGGGAGGAGAGAGAGGAGGUGGAGGAGGAGGAGGAGAGAGAGGAGGAGACCAGGGUGGAGACACCUGAGGAGACACGAGGUGUGAUGGCAGGACAGGUGGGCAGGAGAGCAGAGAUGUUCCCAGAUGUACCCAAGGACCAGAGUUCUCCAGCUAUGAAUUCCAAGACGAAGAGUUCUCCCACCAAGCUGGUAAGCCGGUACGAGUGUAACUGCUGGUGUCAGGGCUGGGCGGAGAUCCUGAUCCGCCGCCCCACGGGGAACACGUCCUGGAUGAUGCGGAUCCAGAACGCGCGGCUGGUGCAGCCCGACCAGGACUUCCCGCUGGCAGACAUCGCCACGCUGCUGCUCGGGCAGAAGGAAGAAGAGAAUACUGCUGCCAGCCGUUACCAGAGGUCAGAUUCUGCCCCUCCCUCCAUGGGAGUCAAACAGGAUAGAGCCAGCAAACCAGUACACGAGACAGUUUCAGAAGUUGUAUAUGUGGAUGCAGGUGAAGAUGAUGGAGAUAAUGGGGAUGGAGAAGACAGAGGCUUAUUUCACAUUGGUUCACUGGAAGAUAUCAACAAGACAGAACCUACAGGCUUUCAAAAGCCUAUCCUUGGAACUUCCCCAGUGGACACCGAGGAGGUGGUUGAGCCAUCAAAACGUGAGGAUGAGUCAGAAAAUCAGGAAGACGUGGUUGUUAGUAAGAGCCCCUUGUCUCCGAUCCGCAAGACCAACUCAUCUCCACAGCUGACUGGAGAGUGGGCGGUCUAUCAGGAUAAGGAGGAAGAGCAGAUGGAGGAACUAGACAAUGUCUUUGAGUCACAAGACAACGAUGAUGAGAGAAAACGACAAAAUGUGUUGAGCGUACCAGACAAGGACAGUUACUCUCAGAGUGUGAAGCAUGUUCCUCAACCUGCUGUGGAGCCAACACAAUCAGAAGAAAGGCAGGGUAGACCAGUGCAGAGGAAAGUUGCAGUUACAGAAAGACAAGUGAAAGUUGGAGACAGGAAAGAAUCAACAGAAAAGCAGGGUAAACCAGUGGAGAGAAAGGAGUCAACAGAAAGGCAGGGAAAAGUCGUAGAAAGGAAAGAAUCAACGGAAACGCCAGGGAAAGGUUUAGAGAGGAAAGAGUCAACAGAAAAACAUGUUAGACCUGUAGAGAGAAAGGACUCUAAGGAGAAACAAAGGUCAGCAGAACGGAAGGAUUCUAAGGGUCGUCAGACAGGAGGAUUGGCUGGCAGCCGUAUCAUGGAGGAUGUGAAGGAGACUGACCCUCCUCCCAGCAUGGGCACUCCCCAGUCCUCCCCACCCAUGAUGAGAAGACCGAGGGCACAGACUGUGUCAGUUAUGACACCUGGAGUUAACAGAAGGGAAGAGUUCUUGGAGAGAAAGCGGAGGAUGCAACCACCUGUUAAGGAAGGCACAGGGUCUGGUGUUAGUCCAAGCUUUGUGUUCCUGCAGCUGUUCCAUUCAGCUGCUUUUGGAAGUGUGAAUGAGAAACCCAUCCUGCUACCGAAGUCUGAGGUGGUUGGGCGAGCUGUGAAGAACUUGGACAGAAUCCCUCCCUAUGAGACCCACAAAUGCGGGGUUCUGUAUGUGGGACCAGGACAGACCACAGACGAGAAGGCCAUCCUGUCCAAUGAGUUUGGUUCUCUGCGGUACGUGGAGUUCCUGAGUGGGCUGGGACAUCUCAUCCACCUGAAGGACUGUAACCCAGACGAGAUCUUCCUGGGGGGUCUGGACUGUAACGGCAACGACGGCAACUUCACCUACAGCUGGCAGGAUGACGCCAUGCAAAUGAUCUUCCAUGUCGCUACUCUGAUGCCCUACCGGGAGACAGACAGAAACUGUCAGAGUAAAAAGCUUCACAUUGGCAACGACUUUGUCACCAUCGUGUACAAUGACAACACAGAGGACUACAAGCCAGAUACUAUCAAGGGCCAGUUCAACUUUGUGAACAUUGUGAUCAUGCCUCUGGACAACAGCAGCAACCUUGUCACCAUUAAGGCCAAGAAAGAGGUGGAGAGCAUGGUUGGUGACACCAGCUCCAAAAUCAUCUCAGAUGACAACCUGGCUCUUACAGUACGACAGAUGGCACUGCAUGCUAAUUUGGCCUCGAUGAUCCACCGCAGUAAGAACUCCCCAGAAGGAGUGUACGCCUCCAAGUGGCUGGAGCGCCUGCGUCAGAUCAAGCGUAUCCGGACAAAGGUGACCCAGGAGCUGGAGGUCCAGUCCCCGCCGUCCAGAACAACUUCUCCCUCCAGCCCCCGCAGCCUGCUCUCAGACUUCACAGGAUUUGUGUGAAGAACUGGACUGAGUAACAAGCUGAUAGCCUUUGCACAAGUCAAUUUGUUGCAUAUCUGUGGUCAGUGUAUGAUAAUAUUGUACAUGUACUGUAAUUGCUGCUGGUUAUCUUUGAGAGGCAAUGAUCGUAUCGGUUUGAUGUGUGCUUGGCAACAGCAGCUGGAAAUGAUGAUCGUGAACCUCCUGUUACAUCUUGCAAUGCUUCUCAAAAAUGAUUUUGUGUCAGAUGUGGCAAGAUGAAUUAAUGUAAAUGUACAUAAGAACGGGUACAGAAUUUUUGGCUUACCUUAAAUGUAUAUUCAUUGUGCAAAAUGUCAACCUCUAUAAAUGAUAAAUGCAUAAAAAUUAUUGAUUAAAAAGCAUAUCUUAUGUAAGUUACAAGCUUGACUUUUCCCCGAAAAGGAAUAAGCCUUAACAUAAAACUCAUUUUAAAUGGGCCAAAAUUGUUACAUCCAGACAUAGAAGAAUGUUAUAAUAGUGUAGCAAGUUAGUAAGCAUAUGAGUAAUAAAUAAUUCAUUCUAUAUAAAAUAAAAUUCAAACAGAGAGAAA